AACUAAGAACUUUUAGAAUUAAAAAAACUUAUACAUAAAAAUAACUUGCUUAAUUUAAAUAUACUAAAAGGCUUAAAAUUAAGUUAUAAAACAUCUAAACACAUUCUAGAAUAUAUAAAUUGUGAAACAGACAUGAAGUGUGCUGAAAAAACUGUGAAUUUGCUCACAAAUAUGAUUGUGAAAGUUUUGAGAAUUUAAAAUUAGUCAAACAUAGAGGAAAAUUUCAAUUCGGAGAAGAAAAAAAAUCAAAUUUUUCUUCGAAAUAAUUGCGCUCUUUAAUUGAAUUGUGUGCGUUCGAUUAUUCGUUGUAAAAUGCCCAGUGCUUCAUUUUCGUCAUCUCGGACCUUCAGACGAUCAAAACGAAAAGGAUCGAAUCGAAAUAAUUCAGAUGCCUACGAACCACCGAAUUGCCAAAAUAUUCCAGCACCAUCGGUUGGAACUGCUCCGGGACCGUCGGUUGCUAACUCAUCGACAAAUCCAGACACUUCCAAUCCGACAACGUCAAACGGUAGCAAUCCCACGAUACCAAACACUUCAUCAGCCUCGACAGCUUCAUCAUCAGUACUCGCAACAACAACCAGCGUAUCAUCAUCGGAAACACUUCCAAGUAAUUCCAGUGGAUGUUCGUCAUCUGCCAGUUGCCAUCAUUCGCCAUAUGAUUUAAGAAAGAAAUCACCAAUGGCUUGCAAUAGUGAGAAUUGGCUUGGUUGUGCUGGAACAUCAACAUCAACAACCACCAGCUCAACAUGCACGUCCGGAAGUCAACAAUCGUCCACAACAUCAUCACACAAUCAUCAUCAUUAUUCCACAAGUAGUAAUAGCAAUGCAAACUAUGAUUAUUUGCCAGCACGUAAACGUCCACGACGCACUUACUCCAGCACUGAAACAUCAACAACGAUGAGUGCAGCACAUUAUCUUCAAUAUGAAAUGCCCGAUGAGGUUCUUUUAACGAUAUUCAGUUAUCUUAUGGAACAAGAUUUAUGUCGUGUGUCGCUUGUUUGUAAACGUUUUCAAACCAUUGCCAACGAUUGUGAAUUAUGGAAACGUCUUUAUCAAAGUGUUUAUGAAUAUGACUUGCCAUUGUUUAAUCCCGAGCCAUGCAAGUUUCUAUUCAUGAAAGUCGAAGACUGUGAAUUCUCAAAUCCUUGGAAAGAGAGCUUCCGUCAACUUUAUCGUGGAAUUCAUGUACGACCGAAUUAUCAGGAUAGAAAAUAUCAGGGACGAAAUAUUUCUUACUUCAAUACCGUACAAGCAGCUUUUGAUUACGCCGAUGAACGUAAUGCUGCUAAUAAUAUCGCCAGUGCACCACAAAUUGGAGCUGGAAUGAGUAAUGUUAAUGGUAGCAAUUUAUCAGUUAAUAUCUCGCCAGGAUCUCCAACAAAUGAUGACAACAUGUCGGUAUUGGAUUCACCUGGUAGUUUAAUAUUCCUUCACGCUGGCAUCUAUCGUGGUGAAUUUCUUGUGAUUGAUUCCGAUAUAACUCUCAUUGGAGCAGCGCCUGGAAAUGUUGCUGAAUCAAUUGUUCUUGAACGUGAAUCAGAAUCAACUGUUAUGUUUGUAGAAGGAGCUAAAAAUGCUUACAUUGGGCAUAUGACGUUAAAAUUCUCACCAGAAAUCACAAGCACUGUUCCGCAUCACAAGCAUUAUUGUCUUGAAGUUGGUGAGAAUUGUAGUCCGACGAUUGAUCAUUGCAUCAUUAGAAGUACAUCAGUUGUUGGAGCAGCAGUUUGUGUUAACGGUGUUGGCGCUAAUCCGUACAUAAAAUUCUGUGAUAUCAGCGAUUGUGAAAAUGUCGGCCUUUAUGUCACCGACUAUGCGCAAGGAACAUAUGAGCACAAUGAGAUUAGUCGAAAUGCAUUAGCUGGAAUUUGGGUGAAGAAUUUUGCAUCGCCAAUAAUGCGUGAGAAUCAUAUUCAUCAUGGACGAGAUGUUGGAAUCUUUACAUUCGAUAAUGGAAUGGGAUAUUUUGAGAAGAAUGAUAUUCAUAAUAAUCGAAUUGCUGGCUUUGAAGUUAAAGCUGGCGCCAAUCCGACAGUUGUGAAAUGUGAAAUUCAUCAUGGACAAACCGGCGGAAUUUAUGUUCAUGAAAAUGGUUUGGGACAAUUUAUCGAGAAUCGUAUUCACAGUAAUAACUUUGCUGGUGUUUGGAUAACAUCAAACUCGAAUCCGACAAUACGUAAGAAUGAGAUUUACAAUGGACAUCAAGGUGGCGUUUACAUCUUUGGCGAAGGCCGCGGUUUAAUUGAACAUAACAAUAUUUAUGGUAAUGCACUGGCUGGCAUUCAAAUCCGUACUACUUCAGAUCCCAUUGUGCGACAUAAUAAGAUUCAUCAUGGGCAACAUGGUGGGAUUUAUGUUCAUGAGAAAGGUCAAGGUUUAAUCGAAGAGAAUGAAGUUUAUGCAAAUACUUUGGCAGGUGUUUGGAUCACCACUGGCAGUACGCCAGUGUUAAGACGAAAUCGAAUUCAUUCAGGCAAACAAGUUGGCGUUUAUUUCUACGACAAUGGACAUGGAAAGCUGGAAGACAAUGACAUAUUUAAUCAUCUUUAUUCAGGUGUUCAAAUUCGAACUGGAAGCAAUCCUAUCAUUCGUGGUAAUAAGAUUUGGGGUGGACAGAAUGGCGGCGUUCUUGUUUACAAUGGCGGACUUGGUGUGCUAGAACAAAAUGAAAUAUUUGAUAAUGCAAUGGCUGGUGUUUGGAUUAAGACGGAUUCAAAUCCAACACUUAAACGCAAUAAGAUUUAUGAUGGACGUGAUGGUGGAAUUUGUAUCUUUAAUGGUGGCAAAGGUGUUCUUGAAGAAAAUGAUAUUUUCCGUAACACUCAAGCCGGCGUUCUUAUCUCAACCCAAUCUCAUCCCGUACUGAGACGUAAUCGAAUUUUUGAUGGCUUAGCAGCUGGAGUUGAAAUCACAAAUAAUGCAACAGCAACACUUGAGUAUAAUCAAAUAUUUAACAAUAAAUUUGGUGGCUUAUGUCUUGCAAGUGGAGUUCAGCCAAUUAUUCGUGGAGCAAAUAAAAUCUUUAAUAAUCAUGAUGAAGUUGAGAAAGCUGUCAGUGGUGGUCAAUGUUUGUACAAAAUCUCAUCUUAUACAUCAUUUCCAAUGCAUGAUUUCUACCGCUGUCAUACGUGCAAUACAACUGACAGAAAUGCGAUUUGUGUUAAUUGCAUAAAGAUUUGCCAUCAGGGUCAUGAUGUUGAAUUUAUUCGGCAUGAUCGUUUCUUCUGUGACUGCGGUGCAGGCACUUUAUCAAAUCAAUGUUCAUUACAAGGUGAACCAACACAAGAUACUGACACGUUAUACGAUUCAGCAGCUCCCAUGGAAUCUCAGACUAAAGAAAACUGGUAAGAAAAAAUGAAAUUUUAUCAUCACAAUUAUUUAAGCUAUCAAAGAAGAUAAAAGAACCGGACUAUCUGCAUUCAAUCAAAGUAUGCACGAUUACUUUUUAAUGAAAAAAGAAAAGAAAUAACUCUUAGAAUGUAAGAAUAAUUAAACUAGAUAUUUGUAAAUCUGUGUUAUCAUCAAGCAAAAGUUUCUCGAAUUAAAUUGACGAGUUUUUUAAUUUCCUUCGUCACAAAAUUUCUUUAUAAGUUUAAACAAAAGUAUUUUGAGCGUGUCGUUUUAGUUGGUACUUUUUUUAUUCAUCGGUUUUAAUUUUUUAUUCUUUUUCAUAAGAUUUCGUUUUGAUAAGAUGAAGAUUUUAAUGAAGGAUAAUUUCCUUCUUUGGUGUAAAUAUUUAAUAUUAGAUUGUGCAGAAGAAAGAACAUUUUUUAUAAGGAAAAUUUUCAGUUUGUCACAGACGAGAAAAACAAAAGAAAAUAUUUAGGAAAAGAAAUUCCAACGAAAAUUUUUUAGAACAAACAACAAUCCCAAAUCCUUUAAAUAGUGUCGGAAAGUUAUCUGUGUGAUUUGAAAAAAACAUUCUUAAAGUAAUUAAAAACACGUGAGAUAAACUUUUUUACGGUUUCCCUUAAAUCAUAGUAUCGGUUGACAAAAUCAAAGAUUGAAAUUGAGAAAGAAAUUACAAAAAUAAUUAAAUGUACAGAAGAUUAAUUGUCUAUUUGAACAAAAAUUUAAUCUCAAGCAAUCAAUUUCUUUUGCUUAAAUAUUUAUUUUGCGUUCAGUAUUAAAACAACAAAAAUUCGAAGAAUCUUUUCGCGAAGUUUUCCUGAUAAAUUCUUCAACACAGAAAACUUGUAUGAUUUGGAAUUUGUUUAAUGAAAGUUGGAAAAUUUCGUGUUACAUUUGAGCUUGUGAGUGUCGCAAUAUGCUUUUUUAUCUGUAUUGAAUUCCUUUCAUUUCUUUUGGUUGUUAGAUCAACUGUUGAUGCUUAUCAUCUGCAAUGUUCAUCUCUGGAAGAUGCAAUUUGUUGCCUUUUAUAUAAAAAAAUGUUUACAUAAGAUUUCUUUGACUGAAAAUGGUUUUUUAGAUGAUUGCGUUAUGAACUUUAGAUGUAAUGGAAGAGUUUUCAUUUUUUUUCCGUGUCAAUCUCUUUACAAAUGCAAAUGCGUGAAAGUUUGUGUGCUUUUAUUUUCCUUAAGUUAAAUUUUAAUUCCAAUACAAUGUUUAAUGUUUAAUUUUAAUUGCGACGCCAUUGAAAAUGUCCAAAUUAUAUAAAAAGAACAGCAAUUGCUAAUUUCUCAACAAAUAAUGUAAGCAUUCAUAAAGGAAAUCUUAUUAUCCAAAUCCAUAUCAUUAUCACGAUGUGAAAAGAACACAGAAUGAAUACUAAAAGAAAAUGGAAGAGAAAAACUUUUUUCUUUCUCGUUUUUUAUAACUUUGAGGCAAACGGUACAUAAAUAAAUCACUCGAAUUAAGAAUGUGCCAUAAAUGUUGAGUGUUUUAUGCUUGAACAUGAAAAUAACUUUUUCGGGAAGAAAAAAAUCAGAAGAAUUUUUAAAAGAAAGUUUUCCAUUUUUUUUUUCGAAAUAGAAAAGUUUUAUAAGAAAUUGACGAUUUUCCUUUUUUUACCUCUUACAAAUAACCUCUAACAAUUUUUCUUUUUGUACAUAAAUAAAAUAAAUCAAUUUAACUUUUUCUGACAUUGUGUAGCGUCAGAAGAAUUUCAUUUUGAUUUGAGUGCCUGCUGUCUUGUCUUUUAAGUAAAUAUUCUCUCAAUGGCAUUUGUUUUCCUCUCUUUCUGACUAUCAAUGUAUGUAAGAAUUAAUUAAAUCUCAACAAAAUAUUUCACCUCCAGCCACAAAAUAAACGAUGGAAGAUGAUGAGUAACAUAAGAAACUGAAGUACUAUUAAUAAUUGAUAAGAGUUUACAAAUAAUGAAGAAAGAACAUUGUUUAAGGUAUAAACAAAGUAUUAUUUUAGCAUUUCGUACAUACAUACUUGAAGUAAAAAACAACAAGAAAAUCAAAUUAAUUGCAUAAUUUAUCAAACAAUCAAAAAAGUUUUUAUUUUCAAUCUUUCAACUCCACAACAAAAUGUUUGUUUAAUUUUAUAAAAAUAUUUAUGUUUUGGUGACUGAAAAAUAAAAACAAAAACAUGGCAAUAUAAUAAAAAAUAAAGAAAAAAAUUGGUAAACGAAUGAAUCUUUGAAAUUAGUUUCG